GCACAGUAGGUGGGUCUGCUAGCUUUGGCUUUCGCCCAAUCAGAGUCAUUGUUUGUGUGUGGCCGGUGUCUGCAGCAUUGAUUGUAGCGGACCGAGCUCCCGUCACGGGCACCCACCCAGGAUGGACCGAAUGACAGAAGAUGCUCUGCGCCUCAAUCUUUUGAAGAGGGGCCUGGAGCAGCCUGAUGACCGGGAGGAUGUCCUGGCAAAGCAGCUGAAGAUGGAGGGACAUGAGGCAAUGGAGAGGCUUAAGAUGCUAGCCCUGUUGAAAAGGAAAGACCUUCCAGGCCUUGAGCUUCCCCAUGACCACCCUGGAAAACAAGAUGGACUUAAAAUGUAUGAGGAAAAGAUGAAUGGCAACUUACGGCCUCAUGGUGAUUGUAGAACAGUAGGGAGACAUGGAAAAGAGAACAUUGAGGAACCAGUGGAUAUGAGCUCUAGAAGGAGUGACCAGGAUAGAGGAGGAUUAACCCCCUCUCCAGACAUCAUUGUGCUUUCUGACAAUGAAGCUUCUAGCCCUCGUUCCAGCUCACGUUUGGAAGAUCGAAUCAAGAUGGCGAACUUAGAGAUCUUCAAGGGAAAGAAUCUUGAAGAAAGGCAGCAAAUGAUCAAACAGCUUAAGGAUGAGCUCCGGCUUGAGGAGGCCAGGUUGGUCCUGCUAAAGAAACUGAGACAGAGUCAAUUGCAGAAAGAGAAUGUUCUUCAGAAGAAUCCAGCUGUACAGAAUGCAGCAACCAUUGUCCAACCCUCGCCAGUUCAUGUAGGACAGUCAGGGUUAUCCAAGAUUCCCCCCCGGCCUGGAGUGCAGAGUUUGGAGUCGCAGAGCCUCAGAAAUGUUCAAAGUCACAGCGUCAUCAGGACAUCAACAAAUGCCCCUUUGCCUCAUAUGUUAAUGUCACAGCGCGUGAUUGCUCCAAACCCUACUCAGCUCCAAGGGCAGUGUGUGCCCCCUAAAGCUUCCCUGAUCCGGAACAGCGCCCCCAGCAUGAACCAAGCCAUUAAUUACCCCCCGCAGUCCAGCUCUACAGUACCCUGCCAGCGCACAUCAUCCACAGCCAUGUAUAUGAAUCUAGGCUCGCACAUGCAGACGGGGCCAGUGAAUCGGGUGUCAUCGCCUCUGCCUAGUCCAAGUUCCAUGGCUGACCCUGCCAGCUCACAAGCAGCUGCCAAAUUGGCCCUCCGUAAGCAGCUAGAGAAAACCUUGCUGGAGAUUCCACCACCAAAGCCUCCAGCUCCUUUAUUGCACUUCCUACCCAGUGCAGCCAAUAGUGAAUUCAUCUACAUGGUGGGAUUGGAGGAGGUGGUGCAGAGCGUCAUAGAUAGCCAAGGAAAGGCUAGCUCCUCCCUUCUGCAUAUGGAUCCCUUCUCAUGCGCUCAGUGCCGCACAGACUUCACUCCUCACUGGAAGCAGGAGAAGAGUGGGAAGAUAUUGUGUGAGCAAUGCAUGACAUCCAAUCAGAAGAAAGCACUCAAGGCAGAACACACCAACCGGCUAAAGAAUGCCUUUGUUAAAGCCUUGCAGCAGGAGCAGGAAAUCGAGCAGAGGUUACAGCAUCAGGCAUCUUUAUCUCCUGGCACUCCACCUGCUGUCUCCAGCAAGCAAGAUAGCAUUAUCCGGCAUCACACGCUGCGACAGGCCACACAGCCACAGAAUGCCCUGCAGAGAGGAAUUCCCACUGCUCGUUCCAUGCUCUCCAACUUUGCACAGGCCCCACAGCUACCAGUGGCAGGAAACCUUAUGGGUAUGGCAGGUAUGAAUAUUGCAUACUUGAAUGCCGGAAUGGGAGGCCACAAAAGCACCAGUCUGGCAGAUAGACAGCGAGAGUACCUACUGGACAUGAUUCCUCCACGUUCCAUAUCGCAGUCUAUCAGUGGGCAGAAAUAGCUCUGUGCCCUCAAACCUCUUUGCAGCAGACAGACUAGUGCCAACCCAGACAGCAUUGCACAAGAAGUGAGCAUAACCAUGGGCGCAAUUUACUUCAGCCCUCCUGAAAGGCAUUUUAUAAAGGAUCAGUAUUUGUGCUUUUUCCCUUGUCAUUGGAUUGGCUUUGUUGAUUAUUUCUACAUUAUUUUAUUCCUGCUGGUGCAACAAGCUUAUAAUAAUGUUAUUUUAUGUUUCCUUUGAUGAUGGACUUGCUGUGGCAGACAGGUUCUUUGAGACUGUCCUUACAAAUAUCUAGCCAUGUCCAAUACCUUCCACUGCUACAGGCCGCCGUCUUGCUGCCUCUUCAGCUCUGGAAAAAUUAAGUGGUUGAGUCUGAAAGAGACUCUGGUGAUGUCUGUGGCUGUGAAGGAUGAGAGAGGCCUGAACCACUUGGACAAAUAUAGGAGGCUCUGCCGUGCGGAGCAUAACUUUCCGUUAAACGGAACCUGGUUUUCAGUAUUCCCCCACCCCCUUAACCCACAUUAACUGUCAGAGAGAUGUCUCUCAGCCAAUUCAGCCUGAACCUUUACAACAGCUUGCAGGAUCCACCAUCAAGGAGCAGCUCAUAUGUUUGGGGGGGGGGGGCACCGUCCAUUCCCAGUGAAGAGUUAAAGGCCAUUGUUCUGCCAGUUGGACCCUUGAAUUUGGCAGCAAGCUGGACCUUCUGAACACUAGCAGUUGGUUCUCACACCAGAGAAGUCACACACUUGCCCUUCUGCACUGGAGGAGUGGUAACCAAGCUACAGCUGAACUUAAAGGAGGAUAUGUGGGUGUGAUUAAAGGAUCCACUAUGUUGGAGUUGUUCUCUGGUGCUAAAAGGUUUUAGUGUCAUAUCUCCCUCAUCCACUGUGCCUCAGGGACGCACAGGAUAAUGAUGUCCCAUUUGUAUUUAACAUGGACAAAGUCCAUAAAAAAAAUAGCACUUAGCUAACUAACGCCUUCACCCCAAUUCAGCUUGACAUCUGCAGUAUGGUUUGUACAGCAAAGGGCUGUACAAUGGAUUUUGUCAGCACUUGAACAGUAUAGCUACAAUACCAUGGACAAAAAUCUCAGAAAUAUGAAACAAAUAGUAUAUUUUACUUCUAGCUGGUUGGAUCGACAUUUCCUGUUAGUGCACCAUAGCUAACUUUGGUGCGCACACCUCAUUGGCUGAACAGGGCAGUGGCAACAAGUGAGGAACUUUCUGUGCUGGUACAGAAAGUAUGAACGCUGUCACCCUUCAUACACACAUUGGAUUGAAUGACUUUGGUGCAGUUUGAAACCCAAUGUGAAAAAAAAUGAACAUCAGUGUAUUAAUAUUAUUAUUUUUUUCCAUUUAAAUAUAUAUACAGCCACCAAUAUUUCUCAGAUUCAGUCAUAGGGUCUCAACAUCAGGCAGGAAUGAUAUAUUCCUAAUUAUAGGUUAGUCAAAAUUGGAUGUGACAUCUUGGUCUGUUGUGGUGGCCCAGAGACUGUAGCAGGGAAACAUUGCUAUAUAUAUAUAUAAAAUCAUUUUGUUUUUCAUUAUCAGAUUAAUUAUAUAUGGUGUCACAGAGUUUAGUGCUUUUACUACACUGUGCCACCCAAACAUUUCAGUGGAGCUGCACUGUUAAAAGAGCUGUGCACUAUAUACUGCGGCCUGGCCUUAUGCAAAACCCUUACUGAUAUGGAGUAUGGGGGGCAGCGUGACAUUUAUGUGUUAACUGUAGUUCUUAUCUCAUACACUGAGACAUUUUUAUGUGGCAGCUGGGAAGAGAUGGCUUUUUGUGGUUUACAUUUAAUAUUUCCACCUCUGCAUGGGGGCUGGUGGGUUCUCAGCUGUUCCGAAAGACGUGCAGGGAGGAUCUUCAACCAGCGCUAUUACAGCAGGUCUGAGAGCACUUCAGUAAUGUCUCUGCACUUUCAGGCCUAUUGCACAGCAAAUGCACUUCUAUUUGUGUGUUAAAUAUAACAGGUCCCCAUUCUUUUUUUAUUUUCUCCACUCUUUUUAUUUCCACCCCAUGCUUCAUCCUUAUGCCCCUUCCCUGCUUCUCUCUGACCCAAUUUCCCUCUUUUUUUCUUUUUUUUUUAUGCAUUUCCUCUUUUUUAAGAGGUGCAGUGCCGCAGGGGCCGCCCUCCUUAUAUGCAAUUAAAAGAUGACCUUCAUUACUUAUCCCUUUGUAUCUUUUGCUCCCAACUGGUUUGUAAGAAAUAAGGAUCAAGGUGUGUGCAACAUCAGUUGGGGCAUUGUGACAUGACUUCUCUACACUUGCUAUAUCCUGUAUUUUAUUUUUCUCGCUUCCUAAGUAUUAUUCCUGCUUGUUCUGCCUUUUGUACUGUUUCCGACUCAGCUGUGUGUCUCUUCUAUUCUAGUUCUUUGUAUGUUUUACAAACUUCACUAUUGUUUCUAUUCUCUGAGAGCCUCUUUACCAUUUGUCUGUUUUUUUUCUGAAUUUUUUUUCUCCGAAUUUUUUUUCUCCGCUUGCCUUUCUCUCAUGUGUAGCUAUGUCUAAUAUCCCAUUGUCAGUCCAUUUGCCUCUAACGCUUUCAUUUUCAGGCAUAUUUCAGCUGAAAUAAACUGCACACCAAAAUGGACAAAACUGUAUAUUCUGUAUAAAGACUCAACACCCCUCAUCAUCUAGAGCUUUGUAGUGUGAGACUGUCAUUGUGUGUUGUAGCCUGCGUUUACAUCACCUGGAAGUGCAAAAGGCAGCGUUUUCUGGGGACAACUGCAUUUUUAAUUAAGUUCCCAAUUUGAGUACCUGCAUUUAUUUAAACGUGCCAGAGUAAAUUUAAAAAGAGAAUAAAACUGUUGAGCAUCAUUAUUACAUAAUAGAAGCAAGUGAGGGAUAAUAAAUGUUUAUUCAACAUUCGCCUAACACUCGUUUCCCCCUCUGACGCUGCCUUUCGCACAAUUUGAUUUAAGAUUCCCUCAUUUUUUUGGGGCUUUUCUUCAUUGUGUUUUUGACUCUGGUUCCUGGGCUGUGGCCUAUUUCAUGGCUCCCCAACAGUAACCGACCACAGCAAAAAAUAAAACAAAAAAAAAAGAGAGAAAAAAAAAAUGCUCGUUUUUGGAGAAAAGAUUUAAUGAAAAAAACUUUGUAAUAUUUCUCAGUCUCAAGCUCUGUUUAAUAAAGAAUGGACGGGUUUAUAA